AUGGCGAACAUAAGCGACUCCAAAGCCGACUUCGUGGUCGGCGGGAAAUACAAGCUGGUCCGGAAGAUCGGGUCCGGCUCCUUCGGGGAUAUUUACCUGGCAGUGAACGUCACCAGCGGCGAGGAGGUGGCGGUGAAGCUGGAAUCGCAGAAGGCGCGGCACCCCCAGCUGCUGUACGAGAGCAAGCUCUACAAGAUCCUCCAGGGCGGCGUGGGCAUCCCCCACAUCCGGUGGUAUGGGCAGGAGAAGGACUACAACAUCCUCGUCAUGGACCUCCUCGGACCCAGCCUCGAAGAUCUGUUCAACUUCUGUUCCAGAAGGUUCACCAUGAAAACGGUCCUUAUGUUAGCCGACCAGAUGAUCAGUAGAAUCGAAUAUGUGCACACGAAGAAUUUUAUACACAGAGACAUUAAGCCAGAUAACUUCCUGAUGGGUAUCGGGCAUCACUGUAAUAAGUUAUUCCUGAUUGAUUUUGGCUUGGCCAAAAAGUACAGAGACAACAGGACAAGGCAACACAUACCGUACCGAGAAGAUAAAAAUCUGACCGGCACGGCCCGUUAUGCUAGCAUCAAUGCACAUCUGGGUAUUGAACAGAGUCGCCGAGAUGACAUGGAAUCGUUAGGUUACGUUUUGAUGUAUUUCAACAGAACCAAUUUGCCGUGGCAAGGACUAAAGGCUGCAACAAAGAAACAAAAAUAUGAAAAGAUUAGUGAAAAGAAGAUGUCUACUCCUGUUGAAGUUUUAUGUAAGGGAUUUCCCGCAGAAUUUGCCAUGUACUUAAACUAUUGUCGUGGGCUGCGCUUUGAAGAGGCCCCAGAUUACACGUAUUUGAGGCAGCUAUUUCGCAUUCUUUUCAGGACCCUGAACCACCAAUAUGACUACACGUUUGACUGGACAAUGUUAAAGCAGAAAGCAGCACAACAGGCAGCCUCUUCAAGUGGGCCGGGUCAUCAGGCCCAACCCCACACAGGCAAGCAAACUGACAAAAAUAAGAGUAACAAAGCAUGA